AUGUUCGCCAUGGACUACUCCUACCUCAACUCCUACGACUCCUGCGUGGCCGCCAUGGAGGCGUCCGCCUACGAGUUCAGCCCCUGCAGCCAGGCCGGCUCCUUCCAGUACAGCCCCAUGCGGGGGGGCUUCGGCGCCGGGCCCGCCUGCCCCCCCCUCGCCUCCGCCAACUGCGCCCUGGGCGCGCUGCGCGACCACCAGCCCUCGCCCUACUCGGCAGUGCCCUACAAAUUCUUCUCGGACCCGUCGGGGAUCAACGAGAAGCGGAAGCAGCGGCGGAUCCGGACGACGUUCACCAGCUCUCAGCUGAAGGAGCUGGAGAGGGUCUUCGCCGAGACGCACUACCCCGACAUCUACACCCGCGAGGAGUUGGCCCUCAAGAUCGACCUCACCGAAGCCCGGGUGCAGGUCUGGUUCCAGAACCGCCGAGCCAAAUUCCGCAAGCAGGAGCGGGCGGCCAACGCCAAGGGUGCCGGUGGCACCGCCGGCGGCACCGGCAAGAAGUCGGAGCCGCGCUCUUCCUCGGAGGACGACGAGUCCAAGGAGUCCAACUGCAGCCCAACGCCGGACAGCACGGCGUCCCUGCCCGCCGCCGGCAGCCUCGGCAGCCCGGGCAGCAGCCUGAGCCCCAGCCCCGGUGCGGGGCCACCCAUGGGACCCGGCCACCCCCCCCAGCCCCUCAAGGCGCCCAUCUGGCCCGGCGUGAGCACCAGCAGCGGCACCGCCAACGCCGCCGACCUGCUGAAGGCCUGGCAGCCCGCCGAAGCCGUGCCGGGACCUUUCUCCGGCGUCCUCUCCUCCUUCCAUCGGAAGCCCAACGCCCUCAAGACAAACCUCUUCUGA